GUAGAUCUGGGUAGUUUUUCAAAGAAAAUCUGUAUUCAAAUUGGUCGGGUUGUUCUAGCGUUAGAUUAAACAUUUUUGGUUCGAUUUUUUUCGAAAACCAUUCGUUCACAUUUACGCGACCAAGUGACAUCGAUAAUAAUUCACCAUUAGUAAAACUAAACAAUGACAAAAUCAAUACACAUGAAAUGUACCGAUUGUCCAUUGUUCUUGGCAAUUUAUUAUGUACGCAGAUUGAGCACAGAAAAUGGCAAUUUUAUUCGAAGCACCCACGAAAAUCAAAAGAAAAUUAUACCAAGCGACGGCUAACUUAAUCGAUUACAUUCCUUUACACAAAUAUUUUUUUUCGUCUUGUCAGUAAUUUCACGCAUGCGCAUAUACACAAUACGUUGUCCAAAAUAUAUAGUGGGAGACAUUGUGUAUGAACAACAGGGCUGCCAUGUUACAGUUUUUUUUAAUUACAUUUAUAAAUAAUAUCAGGCGACUGUUUAUUUCGUGUGACAGAACUUUGGCAAAAGCAUAGUAUUUGAAGCGUCGCGUGUAAACAAAAUUUAUAUGAUUGUAAAAAUCUAAGAAAAAUGAAAAGAUCAAGAUCCAGAAGUUCAUCCAGUGAAACAUCACGCGAUAGUUUACAUCGUAGGGACCGGCGGCGAAAUUCCAGUGUUUCAAGUGAAGAUGAAAGGAAAAAUCGACGUUCGCGGGUGCAACCGCCACCAAAAUCGAAAUGUCUUGGGGUUUUUGGUCUAAGUGCAAGCACAACAGAAGAUAAAAUAUAUGAAAUAUUCUCAAAAUACGGAAAAAUUAAGCGAAUUAAUGUAAUUUUUGAUACUAAGACUGGCAGAUCUCGCGGAUUUUGUUUCAUUUACUUCAAACAUUUAAGAGACGCAAAGGAUGCAAAAGAGUCUUGCUCGGGCAUGGAAAUUGAUUAUCGUCGUAUUCGAGUUGAUUAUUCGAUAACAUCAAGGCCACAUGAACCCACACCUGGAGUAUAUAAGGGACGUAGCACUCGUGCUGACCCACCACAUCGUAGCUCAAGGAGACGAUCACCCUGCUCACCUGAAUCGUAUCGACGUUGACUACUUAGAUUUUGAAAUGACAAAUAUCAAUACUUAACUAGCAUGAAAAUGCAAUGACUCAUUUAAUUUUAAUCUAUUUUAGAGUAGGUCACAAUACAAAAAGUUCCAAUCAAAUAUGUCAUCUAUUGAUCGAAUUGUUUAGAUGCACAUUCAUUAGCUUGGUAUAUGUAUUAAAUGUACACACAAUAUGGGUAAAGCCAUUUAUUUCAUUCGUCUGCACAGGCAAUUACAAUUGCAUGUUCAUUGUCCAAUCGAUUUUUAAAAUUUAAAUGACCAAGAAACAAAAUUGAUUACAGAUUGAUUUGGACCGGAAUAUUUCUAUCAUUCAUAUUUAAAGAAGAAAAAAAACAACAAUAAUAAUAUGGUAUCAUUCGGUUUUAGAUUACUACAAAUAAAAGAAUUAAAUGCAUUUGAACUUUA